CUGCGCAGUGUAGUCUUCCGCAAGCGCGGGAGUCUUGGUUUGCGUGGAGCGCUGCAGUCACUGUCUGUUUUUCUGGGCGCGUUCGGCCUUUUGUGGUGGGAUGGCUCUCGGAGAGGAGGCAGCGGGCGGCCGCCGCAGAGGGGUUGUCGUCACCCCGGGAUGCCUGUAGGAGGGGUCCAAGGGUCCUCACGGCUUCGGUGCCUUCGUUUUCCUCCGUCACAGUCGCCCUGCCCGUGGAAAGCAUGAGCUCGGCCCGGGACUCCGCUUUCGAGAAGCAGCAUCUCUGGAUGUACCUGCAGGCGCUGGGCUUGGAUCCGAGCUCCAGCAUCACGUUCGGCGGGAAGAUGGUGCCGCACGCGCACCUUGGAGAGAAUAUGUUUGACAAACUGAACCGUGAUGCCUUUCAUAUAGUUUCUUAUUUUUUGUUUAAAACAUUGGAUGAGGCUCUUGCCAAAGAAGUUUUCAGAGAUUGCUGGCCUCCAUUUGACCAAAAACUUGACAUGGAAUUCCGGAAACAUUGCUGUGAAUGGUUAAAAGAGAUUUCUGCUGAAUGUGGGAGUAGUUUUCCUCAAGUUGUUGGCUCAUUGCUUAUGUCUCCUGGUGGCCCUAAGUUUAUUCAUCUGAUGUAUCAUUUUGCAAGAUAUGUUGCAAUCAAAUAUAUUAAAACAAAAUCUAACAAUUCUCUACAUUUUGCAGAAACAUUUAAUGUAAAGCCACAAGAUAUGCACAAGUGCCUUGCCAGAAGCCAUGUAGCACGUAACAGAUUUUUACAGAUUUUGCAAAGAGAACAUUAUGUUAUGCAAAAAUACCAGGAAAAUGUAAAUCUGUCUGUUAAGCAAGUACGAAAUGCAAGAUCAGAGUGCAUGAGUCUACAGAACCAAAUUAAAAGAAUGGAGCCAUAUGAUGAGAAGAGUAAUACACAAGAGAAGAUUCAAAAGGUUCGGUCCUUGUGGGCUUCAGUGAAUGAGACACUCAUGGUUGUGGAAAAGGAGAGAGACGUUAUUAGUUCACUCUUUGGCUUUGUCAACCAGUAUGCUUUGGAUGGAGCUCAUGUUGCUGUUAAUAUUCCAAGGCUCUUACUUGACAGACUUGAGGAGCAGAUAUGUCGGUUGCAGAUAGGAAAUGUUUAUGAGGCUGGAAAAUUGAACCUCUUAACAAUUAUUCACUUGUUAAAUGAAGUCUUGAAAAUAAUGAAAUAUGAACAUUGUAAGGCUGGCCAAGCAGGAUUGACAAUAAAUCUCCACUACCUUGAAAAAGAAACCAAAUUUCAGAGGGAAAGAUUAUCACAUAUGAAGCAUAUGAGGCAUAAAGUAAAAGAGACCGUCACUGCAGUGAGACAGUCUAUUGCUGACAAGGAGGGAAAGUGGCAUAUGAAGUGGAAAGGCUUUCUUGGCCUGUCUCCUUUCAGACUAAUUAAAGACAGACCUGCAGCUGUGGAUCUUUUGCCUCCCAUGUCUCCUCUUACGUUUGAUCCUGUGUCAGAGGAAGUAUAUGCAAAGAGUAUACUUUUUAAGUAUCCUGCUUCACUUCCAGAUUCACAUAAAGAACCUAAACAAGAAAGUGGUAGCAGAAGAGAAGUGGAUACCCCAGGAAGUGUGUGUGAUGGAGCUAACAGCCCUGUGCCUUUUCCCUUACAGUGUGCCGCGUCCUCAGAUACAAACAGUUCCACACUCCUUGAGAAGGAUCCAAAUAUGAGGACUCCCAUAGAGAAAACCUUGACAUAUAAGACAAUAGCAGACUCUGAAGAGGAAGACUCUCCUCUAUCAGAUACUGCAAAGAAUUCACAAAGUAGUGUUUCCAGAGGGACUCUGCCGGUGAAGAGGAGUGAGCCAUUCCAGAAAGAGCAAGCCCGUCUGGUAGAUGAGGUUGCCAGAGUAGUUCUGUCUGAUUCCCCACAGCUCUCUGAGAGAAAAGAAGUUGAAUUGGAGGAGCUGAUUGACACUUUAAUUUCUAAUCCCUUCUUAACCAGGAAGCAAAUUCCCCGGACUCCAGAGAACUUGAUAACUGAUAUUAGGAGCUCAUGGAGAAAAGCUGUUGAAACUGAAGAUAACAGAAGUUCAGAUGGGAUUCUAGUGGAUGCCAGUGCUAGAGAAGUGUCGUCAGAGUCUUCAUCUACACUGCAUAAUCAGAGGGAAUUUAGCCUGGCUAUUUUUUCCCCAGAUUUUGAUCGGUCUUAUUUUCCUGAAGAGAAAGCUGUCUCAGAUCAGCUUAAAGGUUUACCUCAGAAACAUCUGGUAACAAGUCAGAUCAGAGAACCCCCAACAGAAGAUGUGUCAGACUUGGUAAAUAAGAAAAUGAUUUGGAAGCAAGAUUUAGAAUGUGCAACCACCAGGCUUUCAGAAACUAGUCACAUGGAUGUAUUCUCCCCUGUUGUGGGCAGUGGAAUAGAUGUGAUGAGUAGAAGUAAAGAGGACUGUGUUCCAGUACCGCCGGACCACUCACAAGCUUCUUGCAUUGAGCCUUCCACACAUAAAACUCUGUUAUGGGAUUCUUUUCAGAGGUUGAGUGGUAUUGGUAUAUUACAUGAAACUCUUCCAGAAGUUGGUCGCCUAAGUCUUAAUAGUUCUACUAGUUCAGAGACUAGUUUUAAUCUGGAACCAAAGAGUUAUGUGCACAGUGAUGCUUUUGCAGAUGAUGUGGGAAAAGGACAAGCUAUUCCAGAAUUAGAUUCUAAUUUACAGGCUCGUCUCACUAGUUAUGAGGCUCUGAAGAAAUCUCUUAGCAAAAUCAGGGAAGAAUCUUACCUGUCUAAUCCCAAGACACUUGAACAACACAAAGUAGAACUGAGCCCUGUAGCCAAAGCUGUGCAAGCAGAUGAUGCACACACUGUUUGGGACACUCAGGAUUUGUUUAUUGACUACGCAAAGCCAUCUUCCCUCGUGCCACUUGAUGGAAAAACACAGACUGUAUCACUAACUAAAGCUUUUCUGGUGGAGCAAAAAUUGAAGACCACAGUACCAUGUAGCCUUGGAGAAUUUCUGCCUAGUUUAAAAGAAGAAGAAAUCUCAAGUAAGAGCCUUGAAGCAAGAGACUCUCUGAUUUGACAAGAUGAAGCAUUUUCAAGUUGAUUUAGCUGUGAUGCACUUACCCUGAAGUCUUGUCACUGAACUGCAGCUGAUAUCAUACAUUGGAAGUGAAUUCUUUUGUCAGCAUCAAAGGAGUUCAGAAUGUACUUGGCUUCUUAUAAGUGUUUAGGUCUUUUUUUUUUUUUUUGGUAAAUGUUAUGAGUUUGAAAUAUGAAGUAUUUAAGAACAGAAAAUGUCAAAUUUUAGAAAACAAUUUUGAUUCCUAGAAUAAUCUUAUAAGUGAAUGACAAAUAUCAUAGUUAUGUUAAAAAUAUCUGUCGUUAACAUGAGUUAGUGCCUAACCUAAUGGCCACUGAAUAACUGCAUCUUUCAUUUUAGAGAAAUAAACCAUUUUAUUGGAUCUUAAUGGAAUAUUCUGGUAAUAACACAAAGUGUAGUACCUUUACCUUUGGAUGGAUAUUUAGUCAAAGCAGCACACCUUAGAUUGUAAGCAGGCUUAAUGAAUUCUAAGUCUAUUGGUCCUGCAGAGUGAUGUUGAUGGGAUAAAAUGCAUGUGGUUGGUGAAGAAGAUUGGAGAAACUGACGAAAAUGGGUAAAUAGAGAUGGGCAGACCUUUAAAGAACACUGUCAAACUCUGUGUACUUUAGACUGAGAAUUUAAUUCUAUUUAUAUUUAACAAGAAUAUAAAUGCAAAAUUUACAAAUUUGUUUUACCAUUGUGGUCUGUGGAUGGUAUGUUGGGGGUGUUUUGGGAAAAGCAACAAGUUUUUUGUUACUUACUGAUUGGAAACAUUCACGUUUCCUAGUGCCUACAGAGUAUCCCAAAAUAAUUUGAGAAAAUUGAACAUGGAUUUAGGCAACUUGUAACAUUCGUAUGUUUUUGCCUCAUUGUCAGGGGUCUUGUUUGUAUUAUCUAAGGAAUAAAUACAUGUGCCUGAAUAAGCCUGACUAGAAGAGGCACUAACGGUUGAUUUAUUAUCUCCUCCUAGUCUGUGAAGAGCCUCAGUGUGUAACUAUCAAAAUCUUGUUCCCAAGCCUUAAGAAAAUGAGAGAAGAGAAAGGUAGAUGGCCUGAGUUGUCAGAAGGACUGUCUAAAAGCUGCUUGACAGAGGGACGGAAAGAAGUCAUGGUCCCGAGGGCUCUGGGUUCCUUCAUGAGUGCAAAGAGGACAUGGUCCCGAGGGCUCUGGGUUCCUUUAUGAGUGCAGCAGAGCAGGGACUGCUCAGGUGUACUGGGAAAUCCUUUGCUGUCUUCUUUACAGCCUAGUAUCUACAUUCUAAAUAGCAUGUUAAGGAAGAGGAAGGACUAUCAGGGGAGCCAGAGCAGGGCUAAGUGUUCAAUAUGCAUGAUUGCAUUUAACCUUUGUAAUUGAGAUAGGAGGCAUACCUAGCCUGCAGAUACAGAAGCUAAGAGAUGAAGUGGCUGGAGUAGGAUGCAGGGACCAACUGUAUUAGGAUCAUCUGAGAUGCCUGUUUAAAAAUGCUCAUUUAGAGAGGAUCUAGAAAUCUCAUUUCAAAUACGCUUCCAUGGCAACUCACAAGUUCAGCAGUUUGCUGCCAAGAGGAUGGGAUUCAUAUUUAGUCCCUAGGUACCGUUAAGAAGUGGCACACUAUUGUAAGUAUAUUGCUCUAGGAGCCCUUCAUUAUGAGAGUCAAAAGAUGAAGUAUCUGGCUAUUUUGGGUUUAUAAGUCACUAAAAUUUACCUAUAGUCGGCUGAGCAUUUCUGAAAUGAUCAUUUCCUGUUUCAGUACCAUGAACAAAUCUCAACUCUCACUUCUCCAAAACUGAUUAUAACUUAGUGUUUCAGUGCCUUCCUGCACAGUAGUGCCUUCUCCUGCAGUUAGUUCCCUUUGACGUUUAGGAACUACUUUGAUCAUGUCAGGCCCUUGCUUAAAAGCCCAUUGAUGGUUCAUUGUAAUUAUAGAACAGCGUUUUGGUAUAAAGACCCCUUCUUCUCUCCUCCCACCUCCUGCUGGGAUCUUUUACCUUGUCCUCCUAGUUCACCUCAGUUCUUUGUUAGUUUGCAGACUCUAAUAACCUUUAAUUAUACCAGUUAGGAUUAAAAAAAAUUAUUUAUUUUCACAUGUAGGAUAUUUUUCUUCUAAUUUUUAAUUUAUUUUCAUGUGUGUGGAUGUUUGCCAACAUGUCUGUGUACCUCUUUGGUGCCUGGUGCUCCCUGAGGAGGGAGUCAGAUCCUCUGAGACUGGUGUUAGCAUCCACAUAGGUGCUAGGACUUGAUCCUGGGUCACAGGAUGAGCAGCCACUGGGGUAUCUCUUCAGCCAGCUAUAGUUCCUUUAAAAUUCACAGCAGCACUUUAACCCUUUAAACACCUUUGAUCUCAGCCUUGGGGAGGCAGGCAGAUCUGAGUCUAGUCUACAGUCAGUUCCAGGACAGCCAGUGCAACAUAGUGAGGCCCUGUCUGCAAAGACAAGACUGAAGGUUCAGACAAAUGACAUUUUCUACCUUGAUGUCUUAGUUUGCCCUCCCUAGAUCCAUGGUCUUCCAUCUUUUCUGAAGUAUAUAGUAUAGCUGUUUUGUGUGUGGGGAGGGUGUGGUGGUGGGGAGACAGGAAUUUUGCUGUUUUUGUUCAGGUUAGCUUCAGCUUACAGCUGUCUUCUGCCUCAGUCUUCCAAGUGCUGGAACUACAGAUGUUUGCCUAGCUUUUCCUUAAUGUCUUUGUUAGACAUCUCCCCCGACUUUAUGUGAUUUCUGAUCCAGCUGUAUACACACCUUGGUGCUGAGCAUGAAAAGUGGUACUAAGUAAGAUAAAGAACAUUUGGGGGGGGGGCAGGGAUUAAGCUUAACAAAAUACUAAACAGACAUUUUGAAACCUUUACAAUAUUCUUAGUUAUAAGGUAUCAUCCCAUUUUUUUUCUAGCGUGUAAACAGGAAUUCUUGAGACCUGUAUAAAAGCAAACUAUUUCUCCCCCUAGUAUACUAAAAAAUGUGUUUCAAAACAUUUCAUUUAAUGUGUGAAGACAGUAUAUAUAGAUCAGAUGCCUGGUUGCUCUAAAGAGCACCCACCUUUUUAUGCACUGAGAGCUGGCAAGUUCAUGCUGUUAAGUGGAAAAUGUCUGUGUUCUAAGGACUGUUCUACAUACUGCUGUCUAGAAUAAACAAUGUUUCACCACU